AUGGCGGCCCUCGCCCCGUCGGAGUCGCAGCCGCUGCUCGACGGCGGCGACGCGCCGCGCGGCCUGGCCGUGGCGGCGUCGGGCCUCAGCUACGCGGCGCCGGCGUCGCGCGGGCGGCCCGGCGCGCUGCUCCUGCGCGACGUCACGCUCGUCGUGCCCCGGCGGGGCGUGCUGCCCGUCAUGGGCCCGUCGGGCAGCGGCAAGUCGACGCUGCUCGAGGUGCUCUCCGGCCGGCGGCGCGGCGGUUUCGCGAGCGGCGAGGCCCUCUUCGGCGGCUGGCCGCUGUCCGCGCACCGGCGGGGCACG